ACACAUAAUCCUCUCAAUAAUUGACUUAUUAGUCAAAAACCAAACAUCGUGGCAUUAAUAUCUCCGAGGGAAAAAAAAAAAAAAAUCACAAAACCCCUUUUCCCAAUGUUGUUGUUAUUUACAUUAUUUUUCUUUUCUGAUAUUUUUCCUUCUUAAUUCUUAGUCCAUACUUUUUCCAUAUUUUUCUUCCCUUUUCCAUUGUAGUUUCUGCAGGAGGCAGGCCCAUUUGAACGUCUUUCUUUCUUUCUUUUUUAAUCUCAAGUAGGAUCCUUUCCAGUUUUAUACCCGAAACAAUUUGAUUGCAUCAUCUGGGUUUUUCAUAAAGUUUGCAAAAGUUUGGAGCUUUCUUCAGUUAAGAGUGGCUUGAUUUCCCUCCAAAAAAAGGUUCUCCUUGUUUUCGAGUGGGUAGGAGACAGCCUGUGUUUCCAUUUUUGGAGAUGCCCUUGUACAUCUUGCCCACUCUUAUUGGUCUUCCUACAUAAUUGGCAGCCGCAUUUUCAGUUCUCGACAAAGAGUUUCGGAAUUCUGGAAUUCUGAUUAUAUUGAGCGGAAUUUUGGGGGGAAUUUCCGGGUGUUUGGUUAUGUUUCGCCCGAGCUAUGUGUGAACCUAGUAUUGGAGAGCGCUCAACUGUUUAAUUUGAGGGCUCCAGCAUAUAAUCAGAUGCAAUGGGUUCCCAUGUUAACAGUGAAUCAUCAAGUUAUUCAAAAUUUGGUGAUAUAGGAGACCUGAAACUGCAGAAAAGUUCAUGCUUUCGAACAGAAAGUAAUUCACAAGAUCAGCAACUAAGAGCUGAUGCUGUAAUUGGAGCACAGAUUCCAGAAACUUAUGUUUCACAAGUGGCUGGAAGUUCUGCCAAUGAUAACUCUGAAGCUGAGUCGUUUGAUGCAGUGGAUGAGCAAGAGACAACCUCAUCCCCUGCAGUAGAUGAUAGGUUGUUGGAUGGCCUACCUGAAGCAUCUUCUAUUGCUGAAGAUGGCGGCCAACGAACCAAACCAGUGCAGCACUCACCAGUUAUCGACAUUUCUCCAACAAGGGAUGUUUCCAUGUCAUCCCAGGCACGGAGAGGUUUCAACAAAAGCAGCACUUCGGAAGUGGGAAGUCCUAGAGAUUCCUUGCUUGAAAGCCAUAGGAUUGCUUACUCGAGAUCCAUGACAGAGAGAAAGGGGAGUCCAAUGUAUGACCGGAAGAUGGAUAGGUUUUCAAAGAGUGAGAAGGAAUGGCUCAUAAUGGACCUAGUGAAGUUUCAAAAUGACGGGACGGUGGAGGUGGAUCUCACUAAGAGUGCCCCUGUGGCUUCUGAACUCUUAGAGCUAGGUUCGCUAGGUUCAGUUGAGGGUCUUCCUCCAAAUGUAGAUGUUAUUUGCACUGAUUUCAACAAAAAAAUUCCUAAACUGAAGAUUGCAAUGCUCGUGGUUGGAACAAGAGGAGAUGUUCAGCCUUUUCUAGCUAUGGCUAAAAGACUGCAGGAGUUUGGUCAUCGUGUUAGGCUGGCAACUCACGCUAAUUUUCGUAGUUUUGUGAAGUCGGCUGGGGUUGAGUUUUUCCCUCUAGGUGGUGAUCCUCGUGUUCUAGCAGGAUAUAUGGCCCGCAACAAAGGUCUGAUUCCAUAUUCGCCAGGAGAAAUCUCUGUGCAGAGAAGACAAAUGAAGGCAAUCAUUGAAUCUCUUCUUCCGGCUUGUACAGAGGCAGAUCAGGAAACCGGUGAGCCUUUCAGGGCUCAAGCAAUUAUAGCGAAUCCCCCAUCUUACGGACAUGCUCAUGUUGCUGAAGCUCUUGGUGUUCCCCUCCACAUCUACUUCACCAUGCCUUGGACGCCCACGUAUGAAUUUCCUCAUCCAUUGGCACGUGUACCUCAGAGUGCCGGUUACUGGCUCUCUUAUAUAGUUGUGGAUUUAAUCGUAUGGUGGGCAGUACGAGGAUAUAUAAAUGAUUUCAGGAAAAGAAAGCUGAAGCUACCUCCUAUUGCAUACUUCAGUACGUACCAUGGGUCAAUAUCUCAUUUACCUACUGGCUAUAUGUGGAGCCCACAUAUUGUGCCUAAACCAAAGGAUUGGGGGCCUCUAGUUGAUGUUGUUGGCUAUUGUUUUCUAAACCUUGGAUCAAAGUAUGAACCCACUGAAGACUUUGUCAACUGGAUCCAGAGUGGACCUAAACCUAUCUAUAUAGGUUUUGGAAGCAUGCCUCUAGAAGAUUCUAAGAAAACCACAAGUAUCAUUCUGGAAGCACUAGAGAAUACAGGGCAGAGGGGAAUAAUUGACCGUGGAUGGGGAGAUCUUGGUACUGUGGAAAUUCCUGAAAAUGUAUUUCUUCUCGUCGACUGCCCUCAUGAUUGGUUAUUCCCUCAAUGUUCUGCUGUUGUUCACCACGGUGGUGCUGGAACUACAGCUACAGGACUUAGGGCUGGGUGUCCCACGACAAUAGUUCCAUUUUUUGGAGACCAGUUUUUCUGGGGGGAUAGAGUCCACCAAAGGGGUCUCGGACCUGCCCCUAUUCCUAUAUCGGAGUUGAGUGUUGAAGCCCUGUCUGAGGCCAUACGAUUCAUGCUUCAACCUGAGAUAAAAUAUCGGGCAAUGGAACUAGCGAAACUAUUAGAAAAUGAAGAUGGAGUUGCAGCUGCAGUUGAUGCAUUUCACCGACAUUUACCUUCAGAGCUACCACUGCCAACUGCCAAGGAGAAAGAUUAUGAUCAUCCAAAUCCCCUGCAAUGGUUGUUCAUUCAAGUCGGCAGAUUAUGUUGUCUGCCUUGUGGUUCAUAGGUGCGGCGACAAUGAAAUAUCAGCUUGUUCAUAUAUUUGUAUCAAUCUCAAUUCAUUUCUAUGUUUGAGUAGAUAUUGAAUUCAUUCUUUGUACUGAUCCUCUGGACAAGUCAGUCCAGUGUACAGGUUUUUGGUUUUUUUUUUUUU